UUGCUUCCAUUCACAGAAACACAGGCAUGCCUGCCCGCUAUUUCAUUCACAUAAAAGACAAAAUAUCGCAUGGGCUUUUUUUAGCCCUUGGUUUUUUUUUUCCUUUCCUCUGUUUCCUCUUUGUGUGAUUUACGAGGACCUCCCUAUCAUCUCUGCUCUUAUGUUUGCCUUUGUUUCCAAGGAGAAAAGGCAGACGUGCUCUUUUUUUCUUCUCUCUUUCCAGGCAAGAGAGAUAUUGGGAAGGACUGCAGUGCGAAAUCUGCAGUACAUUGAGAGCGGAAGCUGGUUAUGAAUGAGUGCCAGUAUUUCAGCUUUGGUAGAUACUCCUGAGGACAUUAAACACAGAUGCAUGCUUUCUACUGACUGGGGAAGAGAAUGAUGCCGCGCUGCUGGUCUUAAGGGCAUUCUUGGACUUUUUGUUUUAUCAUUUUGGUGUGUUCGCCUGAGGAAAAAUGUCUUUCUGUUUUAUUGUUUUUGUUUGUUUGUUUAUUGCAAUUGUUUGAUUCAGUCAGAACUGGUUGCUUGGCAGAGUCUUUCUCUGCUGUUUUGAAGUCAAACUGAUUUUUUGUAAGUCUUUUUUUUCUGAAAAUUUGUGCCACUUUCAAGUUGAAAGAAUUCUUAUUUUUUUAUUUUGUUCAUUUGGAAUUUUUUUCAUCUUCUGAGCUAAGUAUCAGUAUGUUAGAGACAGUAAAUACAAUGCUGGCAGAUAUUUGUUCUUAGGGUUUACUGCUGUUAUAGAAUAACAUGGGUGAUAUAUUAUGAUAUUUUUCCAGUCAAGCCAACCUUUUACUGCAUUUUAUCUUUUCCAUUACUUAUUUUUUUAAAGUGCUUUUAAAGCUCUCAUUACUUCGCUUAUAUUUGUGAUUGCUUUUCUUUGUAAUGUCUGUCCAUAAUUUUUUUUCUUUAAUUGCACAUUUCCUCCUGUUUUAACAGCUGAUUGAAUUCAUUUCUUUUUUUCAUAAUUUUUGCUUUAAUCGUACCUCCCCCACCCAUUUCCAAUUUGCAGUCCUCUGAGAGGCAAAUAAGUAGGAAGGAGUUACAGAGAAUAAACAUGAAUCGAGGGAAUUUAAAAACUGAUUGGUUCUAGUGUGCUGUUAGUGGGAGUUUAUUCCUCUCCCUCCAACAGGAAGUGAUUUGCAGUGUUCAGCAAGCCUUUUGUUGAGAAGGUUUUCUCAGAUCAGUGAGUCAUGCUUCAGCUCUGAGCCGGCAGGCAGGCAGCAGCCAGCAAAGAGUAUUUGCUUUUUCCUUGCAGUGUCCGUGAUCAUCAGCAGCAUACAUCUCUUUUCUGUUCCUUUAGUUCUGAGAUUUGUUUCUUUUUUUGCGACGGAAGCAGCUUUAAGAAGAAAAAGCAGCAGCAUCACAGCUGGAAAAGCUGCAGCUCAAAUCUGACAGGGUUUUUUUUUGUUUUUUUUUACCCUUGACUUUUUGUGCUAUAGUGUUGUCUUUCUACAGCUUGUGGUCUCUAGCCGAUUGGAUUCCUGUUCUGGAUUUUAUUGAGAAACGAUUGGACUUUGGCAAAGGCAUCAGCUGCACCAGCUCUACACACUGAACGGCCACUGUAACCUCAACAGAGAGAGAGGAAAAAAUACAGUCAGGUGGCCUGACAUUGCUGAGAGGCGUUUGCUGCUUGUGUUGCUGCUGCUAUGUUACAGGAGAGAGUGAUCAACACGGUUCAGCCACGUCUGCCUGCACACUUGUGAAGGAGUCGGGCUGUGUGGGAUUUGGUUGGUUGGUGGAGAGAAGAGGAGCGAGCUAGAGAGAGAAGGGUAUGCUUCACCGUACCAAGUACAACCGCUUCAGGAAUGAGUCAGUAACAUCCGUCGAUGAGCUUCUCCACGGCCUGUCCAUGAACCCCAAGGUCUCGGCCCCCUCCCAGUCUGCAGCCGAGACAUCUUACACACCCCCUACUGAGGUUCAGCCCUCCUCCACUGCUGCUGCUCCUUCUAGCACCACACCCAGCCACGGCUCAGAGCACCUGGAGGAUGGAGGCACCACCCUUUGCACCAUCAUCAACAAGGUCUCCAGUCUGAAAUUCAGCAAUUCUGGCAGCCUGCUCGGGAUUAAGGGUCUUCCCUCGGCUGUCAAGGACCUGGCUGUGUCCAAGCUGCAGGGGGGUGGGGGUGCGAGCUCCAGCCCCAGCAGCGUGGCAGCAGCAACAGCCAUCUCUGGUGUGGGAGGGUCUCAGUGCAGCUCCCAUUCGACCCCCUGCACUCAGCCGGAGACAGCUGUCAGCAUGAGCAAGAAGAGCAGACUGGAUGAUUUACAACCUAGAGAUGAUUGUAAUCCAGGUGGGGGUGUUGGACUGGUAAGCAAGCCCUCCAGAGGAUGGCUGCACUCAAAUGAGAAGAUAUCUGGCCCAGGAGUCACAUAUGUUGUGAAGUAUCUGGGCUGCAUAGAAGUCCUGCGGUCGAUGAGAUCCCUGGAUUUCACUACAAGGUCACAAAUAACAAGGGAAGCCAUCAGCCUGGUGUGUGAAGCUGUUCCCGGGACCAAAGGAGCGCUGCGGAAGAGAAAGCCACCCUCUAAAGCUCUGUCCAGCAUUUUGGGCAAGAGUAAUCUCCAGUUUGCCGGCAUGUCCAUAAACCUGAAUAUCUCCACCAGUAGCCUCAACCUGAUGACACCCGACUGUAAGCAGAUCAUUGCCAACCAUCACAUGCAAUCUAUCUCCUUUGCAUCAGGGGGAGACCCUGACACAACAGACUAUGUUGCCUAUGUAGCAAAGGACCCUGUAAAUAGAAGAGCAUGUCACAUGCUGGAGUGCUCUGACGGCCUCGCUCAGGAUGUUAUCAGCACCAUCGGCCAGGCGUUCGACCUACGCUUCCAGCAGUACCUGCAGUGUCCCACAAGCAAGAUGUCUUCAAUCCAUGACAGGCUCUUAAACAUGGAGGAGUUGGCAUGGACAGAAGAAGAAGAGGAGUCGACAGAACAUCCAUAUUAUAACAACAUCCCGGGCAAAAUGCCCCCACCUGGAGGCUUUAUUGACACCCGAUUAACAAAUCAAAAUGCAGCUACAGAGGGAGGCCAGACGGGUCCAGGCUCUGUGGAUCAGACAUACUACCAGGGACGGCAUUGUGAGAACUGGGCUGAUGAAAGGAAGGGCAUCUUCCUGCAGCAGGGAUCUAUUGAUAUCAGCAGUCUACCAGAGAAUAAAGGUCAAGCCCCAAAAGCAACAGAGAUGCCCAUGUAUGUGAAUACCCAGCAGAUUGAUGCCCAGGUGCUUGCUGCUCUCCAGGCAGAAGCUGAAAAUGCUGCAAAGGGCAUGGUAGAUGCAGGACUAGAGAGCCCCCAGAAGGACCUGUUUGACAUGAAGCCCUUUGAGGAGGCCAUUCAGUCCCAAUCUCAGCCACUGGCCCAGGUACAGCCCCAAACUCAAGUGUCCAACCUUCAGAAGGCAGCUUCUGUGGACAACUCCAGCCCCCUCCUUGUGCGGUCUUUGGCCUUCCGCGCACAGGAAGAGUUGGAGGGUCAAACAUGGUACCACGGCAAAAUGAGCCGCCGCGAUGCCGAAAAACUGCUUAAGAAAGAUGGGGACUUUCUCGUCCGCACAAGCACGACCAACCCAGGGUCCUACGUUCUGACCGGCAUGCACAAUGGACUUGCCAAACAUUUACUGCUUGUGGACCCUGAGGGCACGGUACGGACAAAAGAUCAUAUAUUUGACAGCAUUAGCCACCUUAUUGGCCAUCACCGUGACAACAAUCUGCCAAUCGUCUCAGCUGGGAGUGAACUCUGUCUGCAUCAGCCCGUUGACAGGAAAUUGUGAUGCUUGAAAUGCGUGAAUGGAAGCGUAGAGCCUUUAAACGCUCUAUCAUCCUGGAACUGGAAGAUGCCUAAAAUUGGCUCCAUGUGCUCAGAACUGACCUGCUUUACCGGAGUCGCUGGAGUACACAAGAUUUGUUAAGGAUUAAGGAAAACCAUUUAUAGAAUUGCUCUUAUUUUGAUGUGAUGACUGAAAUGCUAUAUUUUUGAGAAGAAAAUUUGGUGCAUUUGGACUUAAUAUCUUGAUUUGGUGUUUAAAAAACCAGUAGAAUGACAAAUUGUUCUUGUAGUAUAGAUGAAGUGCAAAUAAAACCUCAAAGAGGUAAAAAGAAUAUUUUAAAAUACAAUUCUAAACUAAGUUUUGUCUGUCAAGCACAACCGUAUUUCUACUGCAACUGUUGACUCAGUGGUUGAAAAAUCAGAAAGGCUCUUUUGAAUGCAUUCUUAUAGAAAAAUAAUGCCCUGAUACUCACCAUUGGUGUGACAUCCUAAUUUAAUAGUGUCCAUAUGAAGGCUACUUUUGUUAGAGAUCAGAGGUGAUUGUGCUCUUACAGUUUCGGGAGCACCUUUUCAUACUGCUGUCAAUGGCUUUAGAGAUCAACCUUUUUUAUGAUAUAAAGUAUUUCCUUGUGUCACUGCAGCCGCAUGACUUCAGAUCAACCCUUCUCGUGGCCGUGUUCGUAGACCUCAGUUCCCCCUUUAUUUUAAAGGAGGUGCUUGUGUACGCUGAAACUGUAAGAAAAUAUAUAUAUUUCUGCUUUUUCAAUUAGUGGUUUUUGUUUCAGAUUGGUUUUCUGACUUAUUUUAGAUGUUUUGUAGGUGAUUAGGUUUGGUGCUUGAAUCAUACAGAUUGAUAUCCUCACAUUUUCAAUAAGCACGCUGGGUUGUUUUAGUGAACUUUUGAAAGGGUCAUUUUGGUUUUCUUUUUGGAAUGGUCGCAAAUGAGUAGCACAACCAGAGCUCUGUUUCAGUUGGGCUCAGGAGAAUGAACAAUGUUUCAAGGUUUUUUUAAGUUAAUAUUGCAUUCACAUUAAAUUAAGUUAGACUAUAUUAAAUCUGACUUUUUUUGGACUAGGCAUGGCUGGUUAGACAACUAGCUUAAUUAAAAAUACCAUGGAUCUAUAGGCUCUACAUUAAAUCAAAGCCGCUUACUAAUAUAACUUGUUUCAUUUACAUUUUUUUUUUUUUAAACACACAAAACUUAUGGAAGUUGUGCAAAAAAAGUCAAAGCUUAAUUUGCUUUAGAUUGAAUACUUUUCAUAAUUUGUUUAUGCUCAAAAAUUACUGUAAUAUGUCUACAAAGAUUGUUUUUUGCAAAAAACUCAGUGGUAAAUGGUAAACUAUAUACAUAAAAAGUGGGAUAGCUUUCAAGCAUUAGCAGGAGAACAACAAAAUGUAAGUCAACUAGAAAUUCUUUUCAGCUUCUUUUUUACUAUAAAACAAAUGUUAACAAGAAAGGGUUCUAAUUUCUAGCUAGAACUACCAUAUUCUCCUACAAAAGCAGCACUUCUGUUACUCAGCUUUUGAAGAAGACAUGAUGCUUUUUAGGCAGAAUAUCAAAGGGCAGGUGAUGAGUGCAGUUUUUUGUGAGGAUAAAAACAUAAAUUAACAAAAACAGCUGUAAACAUGCAACUUAAACAAUAUAAAUGAAAAAAAGAAAGUGAUAGAUUCUUUCAAGGCGGAUGUCGUGUUAAUAAUCAAUCCCGCCAGAUUAAUGAAGUGAUAUUCCACUAGUUCUUUUUUGUGUUUACCUGUUGGUCUCUAUCAAAUAUUAACAUAUGAUGACAAAAACUUUGCUUUUAGACCAAAUGCAUUUCAAUUUUAGCUUGGACGUCAACAAAACAUAUAAUGUAUAAUCUUGCUAGAAAAUUCAGUACUACGUUUGCUGAAUUUCUAAAUCAAACUUCCGUAUUUUCCAGACUAUAAAGCGCACCUAAAUAUAAGCCGCGCCCUGCUGAUAUCUACAGAACUGACUCCCACCAAACCUGUAGGGAGAGCUCUACAUUUAGUGCUAAACCAAAAUUAACCGUAAACAGUAAAAAAAAAAAAAAAAUGUUAAAAAGCAAACCACUGGAGUUUCCUUUCCAAGUCUGAAAAUGUUUCGCUUCCCAUCCAGAAAGCUUUCUCAAUUCAAAAUCUCUGGAGUAGCGUUGAGUUAUUGGCUUAUAGGGUGGCCGAAACAAAAGACUUCUUGUGGCUUAGAAAAUGUGCAAAGUGAACUGAAAAAAAAAAAAAAAACGGGUCCAUCACUUAGUAAUGGGGAGUCUUUGAUGUCCUUGUUGAUAUGAUUUCUAUGCGCCUAGGAAACACAAUCCAUUAUUAUUUCAUUUCCAACUUUGACUUCCCCCUUUGGUGAUUAGGCAAAAUUAGUAGAAAUGCAUCUUCGUAUAAGCUGCAUGGUUCAAAGCGUGGGAAAAAAGUAGCGGCUUAUAGUUAGGAAAAUACUGUAAUUAUUUUUAAAUUUCAUAAUCUUAAGUAGGAGUUAUCUAAGUGCUUCUUGCACAGAAGAUAUUUCUUUUUCAUUUUUGGUUUUUCAGAGUUACCUGGCUGGAACAAAUAUUUAUGUUUUUGAUAUUAAUUGGUUACUGAAGUCAAGCUAUGUGCUCGGUUAUCCAUCUUUAAGU